CCCGCCUCCUCCCUCUUCCCCUCCUCCUCUCCACUACGGUUCCCACUCUCUGGGUGGGGGCGAGCGCGUCCGGUUUGCUGCAGCCCUUCGAAAAUGGCAACUUGCGCGGUGGAGGUGUUCGGGCUGCCGGAGGACGAGGAAAAUUCUCGAAUUGUGAGGGUAAAAGUUAUAGCUGGAAUAGGCCUUGCCAAGAAGGAUAUCUUGGGAGCUAGUGAUCCUUAUGUGAGAGUGACGUUAUAUGACCCAAUGAAUGGAGUUUUUACAAGUGUGCAAACGAAAACCAUUAAAAAGACUUUGAAUCCAAAAUGGAAUGAAGAAAUACUAUUCAGAGUCCAUCCUCAGCAGCACCGGCUUCUUUUUGAAGUGUUUGAUGAAAAUCGAUUGACAAGAGAUGACUUCCUAGGUCAAGUGGAUGUUCCUCUUUAUCCAUUACCGACAGAAAAUCCAAGAAUGGAGAGACCAUAUACGUUUAAGGAUUUUGUUCUUCACCCAAGAAGUCACAAAUCAAGAGUUAAAGGUUAUCUGAGAUUAAAAAUGACUUAUUUACCUAAAACCAGUGGCUCAGAAGAAGAUAACACAGAACAGGCUGAGGAAUUAGAGCCUGGCUGGGUAGUUUUGGACCAACCAGAUGCUGCUUGCAAUUUGCAGCAGCAACAAGAACCUUCUCCUCUACCUCCAGGAUGGGAAGAGAGGCAAGAUAUUCUUGGAAGGACCUACUAUGUAAAUCAUGAAUCUAGAAGAACACAGUGGAAAAGACCAAGCCUUCAGGACACCCUAACAGAUGCCGAGAAUGGUAACAUUCAGCAGCAAGCCCAGCGUGCAUUUACCACCAGGCGGCAGAUCUCUGAGGAAACAGAAAGUGUUGACAGCCGAGAGUCUUCCGAGAAUUGGGAAAUUAUAAGAGAAGAUGAAGCCACGAUGUACAGCAAUCAAGCCUUCCCAUCAUCUCCACCAUCAAACAACUUGGAUGUCCAGACUCAUCUUGCAGAAGAAUUGAAUGCCAGACUCACUGUUUGUGGAAAUUCAGCCACUGGCCAGCCAGUAUCCAGCUCAAAUCAUUCCAGCAGAAGAAGCAGCUUACAAGCCUAUACUUUUGAGGAACAGCCUACACUUCCUGUGCUUUUGCCUACUUCAUCUGGAUUACCACCCGGUUGGGAAGAAAAACAAGAUGAAAGAGGAAGGUCUUAUUAUGUAGAUCACAAUUGCCGAACUACUACCUGGUUGAAGCCCACCCUGCAGGCUUCAGUCACCACAGAGACCAGUCAGCUGCCAUCAAGCCAGAGUUCUUCCACAGGCCCCCAGGCGCAGGCUCCCACAAGUGAUGCUGCACAGCAGGUGACCCAGCCUUCUGAAAUGGAACAAGGAUCCCUUCCCAAAGGCUAAGUCCGGCAUGCACCAAACGGGAGGCCUUUCUUCAUUGACCACAAUACCAAAACCACCACCUGGGAAGAUCCAAGACUAAAAAUUCCAGCUCAUCUGAGAGGAAAGACAUCACUUGAUCCUUCCAGUGACCUGGGGCCUUUACCUCCAGGAUGGGAAGAAAGAACUCACACCGAUGGAAGAAUCUUCUACAUAAAUCACAGUAUAUAUUAAAAAACACAAUGGGAAGAUCCCCGGUUACAGAAUGUAGCAAUAACUGGACCAGCAGUGCCCUACUCCAGGGAUUACAAAAGAAAGUAUGAGUUCUUCCGAAGAAAGUUGAAGAAGCAGAAUGACAUUCCAAACAAAUUUGAAAUGAAACUUCGCCGCGCCACUGUGCUGGAGGACUCUUACAGGAGAAUUAUGGGGGUCAAGAGAGCAGACUUCCUCAAGGCUAGACUGUGGAUUGAGUUUGAUGGCGAGAAGGGACUAGAUUAUGGAGGAGUCGCCAGAGAAUGGUUCUUUCUGAUUUCGAAGGAAAUGUUUAACCCUUACUAUGGGUUGUUUGAAUAUUCUGCUACGGAUAAUUAUACUCUACAGAUAAAUCCCAACUCUGGAUUGUGUAAUGAAGAUCACCUCUCUUACUUCAAGUUUAUUGGCCGGGUAGCUGGGAUGGCAGUUUAUCACGGCAAACUGUUGGAUGGCUUUUUCAUCCGCCCAUUUUACAAGAUGAUGCUGCACAAGCCAAUAACACUUCAUGAUAUGGAAUCAGUGGAUGGUGAGUAUUACAAUUCACUAAGAUGGAUUCUUGAAAAUGAUCCAACAGAACUGGACCUCAGGUUUGUCAUAGAUGAAGAGCUUUUUGGACAGACACAUCAACAUGAGUUGAAAAAUGGUGGAUCAGAAAUAGUUGUCACCAAUAAGAACAAAAAGGAAUAUAUUUAUCUUGUAAUACAAUGGCGAUUUGUAAACCGAAUCCAGAAGCAAAUGGCUGCUUUUAAGGAGGGAUUUUUUGAACUGAUUCCACAGGAUCUCAUCAAAAUUUUUGAUGAAAAUGAACUAGAGCUUCUUAUGUGUGGAUUGGGAGAUGUCGACGUGAAUGACUGGAGAGAACACACAAAGUACAAAAAUGGCUACAGUGUAAAUCAUCAAGUCAUCCAGUGGUUUUGGAAGGCUGUUUUAAUGAUGGAUUCAGAAAAACGAAUAAGGUUACUUCAGUUUGUCACUGGUACAUCCCGCGUGCCUAUGAAUGGAUUUGCUGAACUGUAUGGCUCAAAUGGACCACAGUCAUUUACAGUUGAACAGUGGGGCACUCCUGAGAAGCUGCCAAGAGCCCACACAUGCUUUAAUCGCUUGGACUUGCCACCCUAUGAAUCAUUUGAAGAAUUGUGGGAUAGACUUCAGAUGGCCAUCGAGAACACUCAAGGUUUUGAUGGUGUUGAUUAGAUUCCAAGUAACAAUCUCUGGUGUUUUACUGCCACUUUUUUAUAAGCAAAAUCUUGACUUAAUAUUUUCUAGGGAAUUACUAACCCUUGGCUGUUGAUUUUUCCCAGAUAUUGGAGAAAAUCCUAUCAAAACAUUAGAAAUAGUAUGACAACUUUGCCACUAUUUCAUUCACUUAAAUCCUGUGUCUCACUGACGCAGGUGUUUUGUUCUAUCGUAAGUUCACACUCUAGGAUAUAAGUCCUGUGUGCCUGAAAUUGUGAGUUUUGUCCUUAACAUUUACCUCUUUUACAGUAUUUGCCAGGCAGUUCUUUCUUAAACUACUGAAAUUAUAACUGUGAAAAUAGUUGUGAUAAGUGUCGUGUGUGAAAAGUUUGAUGCUUUUUGAGAAGGAAAACCAAAGUUGUGGGGGAAAAAACAUUAAUACUGAAUAUGCUACAGUAUAUUCAGUGCUGCCUGCAGCUAGUUAUUAUUUUGUAGACCUGCCUACUGCACCUUACUGCCCAGAUUUUUGGAAAAAUCUUGGAAAGUGUGUUACCUAUAUUUUUAGUCAAAUGACUCACUUGCAAAAAGCUGUUUACUUGUUCAUUUUAAAAGUAUUUGGCUUUUGUUAAUAUGUGGUUUUACUAAACAAGGUGGUUCAUGAGACAUGUGAAGCAAACUCGGAUUUGCAAAGGGUGAAAGGUAUUAAUGCCUCCGUCUUGCCUGUAUAUCUUUCUGGCUCAUUGAUAGAGUCAUCACUCUUUCCUGUUUUAGUUUAGUUAGAAAGAAUUCCUUCUUCAAACUAAAGCUCAACAAAGCAGUAUUCCUAAAUAUGCCUUGAAGAACUAAGUCAAAUGUACAAUACUUGCCUUUACUAGUCAUUCUUUACACUUGCACAAUUAUGUAGUAAAUAUAUGUUUACAGGAUUUAUUAUGUUUACAGGCAAGCUAAUUUCUGUAGUUGCAUUUUUGUAUUUUUAGUAUUUCACUUUAGUCAAAAAACCAAAUAAUUUGUUAAAAGUAACCAAAGAAUAGUUAUAAUGCAUAAUUUGUAUUAAAUUUGUUACCAUAUUUCUUAUGCUUUUUAAAAAUACUGUUUACUAUGAAAAUGUUUUGCUCUAAAUCCAAAAUUCUUUAGGCAAAAUGCUACAGAUAAACUCCUACUUUAGCCAAACUGAAGUACAUAAAAAUCCUGUGCAUUCAGCAAAUAUUUACUGAAUGCCUGCUAUGUGCCUAGGUCUGUGCUAGGCCCUGGGGUGAGAGUUAGCAGCUUCAAAGAUAUCUAGCUGAAUCUUCACUCUCAAGAAGCUUGGAGAUAUGCAAAGGAAUUUUCAAACAAUCAAAAGUCAGGGUGAGCAGGAUAAGGCAAAAGGGAAAGUGUUCCAUGCACCUGCAAAGAUAAAGUGUGCCAAGACUGUAUUUAUAUGUUUUAUAUCUAUAUUGGAAUGAUUAUAUAGAAAAUGCUCUUGCAAAAAGUUAAAGCUAUUUCUCAAUAUGGUAUCUUGGUGAUUUAGGAAUAAUUGUAAAUAUAUGUUAUGAAUCUUCUUAAAUACAUAUAUAUACAUAUAUGUGUGUGACACACACAGACACACACACACACAGAGUUGUAAAAAGUGCAUCUGGCUAUUGGUUCAAGUUUGUUCUAACACAAUGAGUACCUUUGAGCACAUGUGACAGAAGCAAAACCACUUUCCAAACAUGGCAUCAGCAGCUCAGCUUAGGGAGAGUAAUUCACGGAUCAGUGCACUCUGUAUCUUAUCUUCACCUGUGCUAACCAGCUUUUAGGGGAGACCACCAGAUGUAGCCCUAACUUUAUCACUUAGUAAAUAUUUAAACUGAAGCCAUGUACUCAACCUCUCUGGGCUCUUGGUUCUUCAUCUGUCAAAGGAAAAUAAUCAUGGCUGCUGUCAUUGUCAUGUAAGAUUGUUGUAAACUCCAGAGAGAUGCUUUGCAAAGUAUCAUACGAUUGAAAGGUGCUUUGUGCUGACCAUCAGAUUUUGUCAAAUCAGGUGUGAACAUGAACUACACUCCCAAAGAAAAGUCUCUUCACUUAAAAAUAAAAUGACUGCGGAGUU